UGAGGUAUGUUCUAUCAUUAUAACAUGAGUGGAUGUUUAAAUCCACAGAUUUUAAAUUAUUAUUACAUUAAAAUUAAAAUGAAUGAACACCAAUUUUCAAAUUUUUAUGUGUUUCCCCUAUUUUCACUUUGAUAAGUGAACCCCACACAGUUGAUCAAAACUUGCACGAAAAAAGGUCUAUAUAUUCGAACAAAAAUGUCUUCAAAUUCAAACACCAAUUCCCACUUGAUUACUUGUUUCUCCUGCUAGGCUGCUACUAAACUUCAAACAAUAAUGGCUUCAAGUUUUCUGUCUCCGGCACAAACCAAGCUAAUCGAUUUCUCGGACACAUGCAAAUCCCAAACCCACCUUUUCAAGCUCCAAGGUGGAUUUUCUCUCAAGAGAAAAAAUGUUAAGGUAACAAUUGGAAAAGGGAUUAGAUGUUCGGCUACACCUUCGGUACCACCAGCGUGGCCUGGGACGGUGCCUGUUGAUGACUUGACUAAGGCGACUGUUACUUGGGACGGCCCUAAACCUAUUUCAAUUAUCGGAUCUACCGGUUCCAUUGGAUCAAAGACACUUUCUAUUGUUUCUGAACACUCCGAUAAGUUUCGGGUUGUGGCACUUGCUGCUGGCUCAAACUUCUCUCUUCUUGCUGAACAGGCAAAACAAUUCAAACCUCAGUUAAUUUCUCUUAGGAACGAAUCCUUAGUUGGUGAACUCAAAGAAGCUUUGGCCGGUGCUGAUUACAUGCCUGAAAUCGUUGUCGGGGAGCAAGGAACCGAUGCGGUUGCCAGCCACCCUGAUGCUGCUAUGAUGGUCUCCUGCAUAGUAGGGUGUGCGGGUUUGAAGCCUACGGUAGCAGCCAUCAAAGCCGGGAAAAACAUAAGUUUAGUGAAUAAAGAAACACUAAUCGCUGGUGCUCCGUUUAUCCUCCCUCUUGCACAUAAACAUAAUGUAAAGAUUGUUCCUGCGGAUUCAGAACAUGCUGCUAUAUUCCAGUGUAUUCAAGGUUGGCCUGAAGGUGCUCUAAGGCGUUUAAUCUUAACUGCUUCUGGAGGUGCUUUUAGAGAUUUGCCAGUUGAAAAACUAAAAGAUGUUAAAGCCGAAUCGAUAAACCAUCCCCUCUUGAGCUUAGGGAAGAAGGUCACAAUUGAUACGGCAACACUUUUCAACAAGGGUCUUGAGGUCAUUGAAGCUCAUUAUCUCUUUGGUAUAGAUUAUGAUAACAUUGAAAUCCUUAUUCAUCGCGAAGGUAUCAUAAACUCCAUGGUUGAGGCAAAGGACUCGUCAGUCUUGGCUCAAUUAACUUUGCCCGACAUGCGUAUACCUACCAUUUACACGUUAUCUUGGCCCGAACGAAUAGACUGCUCGGAGAUUACAUGGCCUCGUCUUGAUCUUGCAAAGAUUGGAUCCUUCACAUUCAAGGAACCCGACAAUAAGAAAUACCCAUCGAUGGAUUUGUGUUAUGCUGCUGGGCGAGCUGGUGGCACGAUGACUGGAGUAAUUAGCGCGGCUAAUGAGAAAGCCGUUCAGUUGUUUAUUGAAGACAAGAUUUCGUACUUGGACUUAUUUAAAGUGGUUGAGAAAACAUGUGAGAAGCAUCAAUCCGAAUUAGUGGCAUCACCUUCACUUGAAGAAAUCUUACAUUAUGACCUUUGGGCCCGAGACUACGCUGAAAGCUUGACGUCAUCGUUAGCCGUUGUAUGAGUAACUAUGUUAAACUGAACCAAUGAACCUGCCACAUGGGUUAACCGGGCAAGUGUUUAAUAAAAGCUAAAGUUGAAAAUUGUAAUUCCCAGAAUGUUUGAUAUGUGCAUCGAUUUGUUCUUGUUUGCUGUAACAACCCGACUAAGUAACGGAAACCCAUUCUCUCAAAACAUGUUCAUGAUCACCAUAAUACAUUCGUUUAAUAUUUCUUUUAAA